AGACGAUUGUUCCUCAUUCGUAUACGGUCCGAAAUACUCGACCGUUAUACCAUACACCGAUCCCAAUCCUCAUUCGAACUGAUAACUAUCAUUCGAACUGAGACGAUUAUACACCGAUCCCAAUCCUCAUUCGAACUGAUAACUAUCAUUCGAACUGAGACGAUUAUACACCGAUCCCAAUCCUCAUUCGAACUGAUAACUAUCAUUCGAACUGAGACGAUAGAUCCUCACUCGUAUACGUUCUGAUAUACUCGACUGUUAUACACCCUGAUUUCUGAUCAUAUUCACAAAUACUUGAACCGAUUCCUCAAUCCAUUCAAUAUAACCGAUAUGACAGACAAGACAAUGUCUAGUGCAACUGUACACCUUAGUGUUCCUGGAGAUUGGAAACUUUGAUACAAGCAUAUGCUAGGAUAUGCAAAGGAUAAGAAGGUAUCAGACUUCAUCAAUCUUGACAAACCUGAUAUCUUCUCUGAACUAGAAGAACCUCUGGAACCUGAGUGUUCAGAUGAAGCCACCGCGGAGGCCAAGAUAGCAUAUGACAUCAAGGUCACUGCGUGGAAAAUCAAAUAUAUGAAAUAUGAGAAAUUGAAUGAAGGUAUGACAAAGAUACAAGAUGUUAUAUAG